GGCAAAAACCAUUGACGGACCUUGAACUUUGGCAACUCGGCAACUCUGCAUCGAUCAUCAAGAAUUCAAGAGUAAUAAAAAUAUUACAAACUCAUUAGAGAGAUAAUAAAAAAUCGCUUAAAGUAUUUCCGAAUCAUAAUGGAAGAUGAAAAUGCUGAUGAUGAAAUAGCCUCAAAUGAAAGAAACCUGAAUAAAAAAUUAAUUAAAAGAGGAUUUCAACAACCAGAAAUCAGUCGGUACAUUAAAGAUGUUUCUUCUGCCAAUUACAACACCAACAAGCACCGAAUGAUUCGAAUCAUGUUUAUUGCUAACCAGCUUGCCAGAGACGCCGGUGUUGAAUUACUCAUUUUUGGGUAUUUCCCAAAUGUUACUGUGGGAAGUUGUGCAGCAUGGGCAUUUGGUGAAGAGACUAAAAAUAUUGUUACGAAACCAACAGCCAAAUCAUUUCUUAAACAUUGGGAGAAUGUUUUUUCAUUAAAAGAAGAUAUACGUCAAAAUCCAGCCAAGGCCAAUGUUGAUGUUGACAAUGAAGAACCACAAACUGAAAAUGUUGACAAUGAAGAACCACAAACUGAAAAUGUUGAAAAUGAAGAACGACAAGGUGAAAAUGUUGAUGUUGACAAUGAAGAUGAUCCACAAACUGAAAAUGUUGAAAAUGAAGAACGAGAAGCUGAAAAUGAAGAACCACAAACUGAAAAUGUUGAGUUAAACAAAGAAAAAGAAGUUGUCGUUGUUCAAGUAUCACACACAGGUUCAGAAGGUGAAAGUGUGGAGCCAACGAACAAAGAGUCAGAAGCUGGUGGUGUGGAGUCAUCGAACAAAGAUUACUUUGAACCUGAGCAAGAAUAUUUUCCAUCACACUUGAUUACAGGAACACAGCAUCCGUCCAGUACUGUUACCAUUACACUGACACAAAGUGAAGAUGGCACAUUUUUCCCACCACCACAUCUCAUUGAUCAACUAGAUGCCUGGGAAUUGGGUGUGUCACCUUCACUUGCUCCACCAUCAUCAGGACAGCUGUUUGAAAUUGCAACAGAAUCGACAUGCGAUGGAACAGGCCGAACAGGGGCUUCAAAUAAGGCUGCGUCUGAACUUUCAGUCCCAGUAAAUGGCACAAAACGAACAGUUCCCGUACAGGGUCCAGCAACAACUCCAGUUGAGUUCGAUUCAACACCGACGCCAUUCGGUACCACUAGUACUCAAAAUCCUGCUGCUGCCAUUUCUACGGAGCAACCAUUGACAGACAUUUCGCUAAAAGCUCGAACUACUUCGAGUGAAUCGCAGGUUUUUCCCUCUGGAUCAGAGUUAGGCUCAACUUCAGGAGAAAAUGCACACACUAAAGGACAAGCUUCUCCAAAACGUUUGCCGGCUGAAUUAACAGCAAAGGCUGCUUCCAAUCCUUCGCUGCUCCCUCUUGUAACUUCGAGUGAAGCGCAGGUUCUGAUCACAGCGGUUAUUUCAGCUGCUAAUACUUCCAUCGGAAACCCAGUGUUGCCAUUUCGUGAAACCGGACAACCAGUUACCACAAAUAAAGGAAAGAAGGUGCGCCAGAAAGGAAAAAAACAGUCUCAAAAUCAUUUACCGGUUGAAUUAACAACGAUGACCGCUUCGAAUCCUUCGUCGUUCCCUCCUGUAACUUUGAGUGAAACGCAAGUUCUUAUCUCUUCUCCUAGUCCGCCGGUUUCAGUUGUCACUAUUCGCAGUGAAAUCCCUGAACUACCAACCCCUGAAACUGGACAAUGGGGAACGGAAAAUGGAGUAUUGGCGUCGUCGGAUUCUGCAUCCGCUUCAAUUUUCAAACAACAAAAGCGGAAGAAUGGUGUCGAAAGUGAAACAAGUACGAAAAAAAACGCGCUGUUUCAAAAAAUGUUGCCUCAACGAAACAGACACAGCGGAAGUCAACAAGAACACCAAAACCGAAAUUUUUAAACUGAGACGACUUAAAAUUUGUACAAUCAAUUAUUGUACACUGAAAUAAAGAAAAUUUCACCAAUUUCGAGUAUUUUUUCCAUUGCAUUUUAUUCAUUUGAGCAUAAGGGAUGGGUUGUAAUUAAUAAAGGUCGCGAUUCUGGUUAGUUCGAU